AGAAUUGGCGCCCAAGAACGGUCAAUUAUGAGCUUUUUGCGCGAGAAAAAGGGGUCAUGCUGAAGAGAAUUGGCGCCCAGAAAAUGUAAUUCCUGUUUUAUCCCCUUGUAAGGCGGUUCCCAUGGAAUUCUGAAACGAGUUAUUGCCAUGAAUCCUAAUGUGCACGCUCCAUUGUUGUUCUUUAAGGAUCGAAUUCGAGUCUUCACCCUUGAGGAUUUGAAGUAUCCCACGGGACCGGCGAUUUCUGUUUUCCUUAACCCUAAAAUGUAAGGACAACAGUCCAGGCGGACUUCAUUUUUUCGGUUUCACACUAUUCUCAGUUUUCUGCGAAGUGGGAUCUUAGUCAAGGGACACCAUGGAUUCUCUUGACACCGAUCAGAACUACCCAUCACAAAGUUCAGCGCUGGCAACUGAUGGUGACUCACCUACUGAUGCAGGAGAUGAUGUCAAGUUGAGUUCUAGGAACCAAAGAGAAGCUCUGCCAGGUGAGCCAAAGUGUGUUCUAUGUGGCCGCUAUGGCGAGUACAUAUGUGAUGAAACGGAUGACGACGUUUGCAGCUUGGAAUGUAAACAAAAACUACUACGCAGAACUGCCUGCUCCUCACUGCCUGCUGUUACUCGUCCCUCUAAAAUGCUUGCGGCUACCGAUGAAUGCUUUUAUGUUAGAGAUAAUGAUUAUGAAUCAGGUACUCAGUCUAGAGAUGAGGCCGAUGUGCUUAGAAAGAAACUUGAAAUUCGUGUGAAGGGUGAUGUAGUAGCACCGAUAUUAUCAUUCACUAGUUGUAACCUUCCUGAUAAGCUCCUCCACAAUAUAGAAGCUGCAGGGUAUGACAUGCCUACACCUGUCCAGAUGCAGGCAAUCCCAACUGCUUUGGCGGGAAAAAGCAUGCUUGUUUUGGCUGAUACAGGGUCUGGAAAGUCUGCUUCAUUUUUAAUUCCAAUAGUGUCUCAUUGUGCAAGGCAUCGCCUUGAGCAUGCUUCUGAUAAGAAGACGCCACUAGCUAUGGUGUUAACACCUACGAGAGAGCUCUGUAUUCAGGUUGAAGAGCACGCUAAAUUGCUUGGAAAGGGAUUGCCUUUUAAAACUGCACUUGUGGUUGGUGGUGAUGCCAUGGCUGGACAGAUCUAUCGCAUUCAGCGAGGAGUAGAACUGAUUAUAGGAACUCCAGGAAGGCUGAUUGAUCUUUUAACGAAGCAUGAUAUUGACUUGGAUGAUAUGAUGACUUUUGUGGUGGAUGAGGUGGACUGCAUGCUGGAAAGGGGUUUCCGAGAUCAGGUCAUGCAGAUAUAUAGGGCUAUGUCCCAGCCCCAGGUCUUGAUGUAUUCUGCAACAAUCUCUCACGAGUUAGAGAAGAUGGCAAAUUCUCUGGCGAAAGAUACUGUGGUUGUAUCUGUUGGCGAGCCUAAUAGACCAAAUAAGGCUGUGAAGCAGCUAGCUAUUUGGGUUGAGUCAAAGCAGAAGAAGCAGAAGCUGUUUGAUAUUUUGGUCAGUAAGCAGCAUUUUAAGCCACCUGUAGUUGUGUAUGUGGGGUCUAGACUUGGGGCAGAUCUUCUGGCCAAUGCCAUUACGGUUACCACUGGGAUCAAAGCACUGUCAAUUCAUGGGGAGAAGUCUAUGAAGGAAAGGAGAGAAAUUAUGAGGUCCUUUUUAGUAGGUGAGGUUUCAGUGGUCGUGGCAACUGGAGUUUUGGGUAGAGGGGUUGAUCUAUUAGGUGUGAGACAGGUAAUUGUGUUUGACAUGCCUAAUUCAAUUAAGGAGUAUGUACAUCAGAUUGGAAGGGCGUCAAGAAUGGGAGAGGAAGGUCAAGCCGUAGUUUUUGUGAAUGAGGAGAAUAAGAAUGUCUUCGCAGAGUUGACUGAAAUCUUAAAAUCUGCCGGAGCAGCUGUGCCUCGGGAGCUUAUCAACUCACGAUAUACCAAGGGAUUUUUCUCCGGUGGCAAAGGUUCAAAAAAGAGGAAGAAUAGGUCGUGAAUUUUCCAAUCACAUGCUGAAUCACUUCCCACUUGCAUCUCUGCCUUCUUGGAUAUUGUCGCUGGAAGGAUUUAGUCAGGCAUUUGUUACACUUCGAAAAGAUGAUGAUCUAUUGACGGUUAAAUGAAUGCAAACCAAUUUUGGGUGUUUUAUCACAUAACCAAUAUACGCCCAGUAUACUUUCCUUAUCCUAGUUGUUUCAGGCUCCAGUCAGUGGCAUAGUCUGAGUCCCUGAGAGUAGAGGACAGUAUCACACACCGUCCUUCGAUUUUUUCUUUAGAAAAAUCGUUGUCUUCUUUGAUCUUUUGUAACGGGUAAAACGUUGGUUUAAUCCAUCAAUACAAGCUAGAGAUUGCUAAAAUUUUGAUCAAGGCCCGUGUUUCAUGGUGCUUACAGCUACUGCUGAAACAAUGACGUUACCUCCUUUCCUCCUCCAGACAAUGACGUUGGAAUUGGAUACUUGCAAGAAAAGAAUGGGAGAAAACUUAGAAGCGGAAAAAAUUUUAGGUGGGAAAGAGUGUGCUACAGUUGUAUCUUGAAAGGAUCUUAUGGUUGAUAUGGAACCUGGACUCUACACCACAACUCGCGAACCGCGAAUCGAUGUUAAGUAUUACCCAACAAGCAAGUUAAAGUGGGGCUUGUUCUGAAUCGUCCGGAAGAGAAUAUACGCGCCUUCACUCUCGAAUCGGGGACUCAACCCGAUUUAAACGGAUUUGUUUAGUUCUUGCGCUUCUCUUUCUCGGAGACCGCGGAAUCCAACAACCCCUCUCAACCGCCAACCAACGGCAACCACGUUGCUCUCUUUUCUAAUAUAGCUGAUCUUCCUAAUUUUGGGCAAAGCUUCUGUCUAUUUCUAUAUUUUGAAUAAAAAAAUUAACAGUCACUUUUCAUUGCGUUAUCAUGCAUAAAGGACAGAUUAAUGUCAAUAUAUUGUGUGUAUGAUGUGUCGAACUCAGUGGAUCUUAAUUGUACCUCAAAGUGUAGCGUGAAUGUGAAAGAAAUAUAUGUCUCUUAUUGGUACA